CCAAGGCCCCAUAUUGUUCCUCGUCUGGUCUAGGUCUUAUCUCGCCCCUCUUUCUGUCAACCCCAACUUCAAAGUUUUGAUCUUUUUAACUCAUUGUUUAUCUGCACAUGUAUACAAUAUAGAUCGAUAUGAACGGAGACAUUCAAUAUAUAUAUUUCUCAGCUGAGGAGUGAACACCGAAGUAGAUCGAUCUCUCCCUCUCUUUUUUGUCUGAAUAUGAAACGCACCCGGAAUCUGCUGAUUUCCUCGAGAUCUCUCCGCAUUGUUUGCUCCGAACUUUAGCGUUAAUACGAGCUUCUCCUCCUCUGUGUAUUGGGGCCUGGGUUUUCAUUCGGGCACACACAAUGAAGCGGAAGGUGCGCCCACUUUUCAGCAUACUUCUGUUCAUAGCUCUGGGGGGGACGCUUUUCGUGCGGGUCGUUCUUCGGUAUUGCUCGGUUCAGUCAAGAAUCGGGAACCCAUUUGUGAAAAUGCCUAAAGCUGUAGUCUUUAAUGAUACCCUUCUCAAGUAUGCGAGUCUGGAUGUUGGGGAGCCUCAGUUGAGGAAAGAGGUUGAUGAGCUUUUAGAAGGUAAUUUCAGAACCCAUGGUCGCCAUAGAUCUUUUUUGUCUUCUGGUAGAUAUCAUAUUGACCUUAGAAUUAGGUCAGCUAAAGGGGUGCCUUUGCAGCUCCGGUCCCCGGAGUUUAACCUGCUGUGGCUGAGCUUCCGGAGGUAUUUGCGUGAUUGGUUUCGAAAUAGGAAGCUUCAGACUGAUUCCAUGAUUGGUUUGUUGCAUGGAGUGAAAGUUUUGAUUGAUAAGCACAAUGGGAAAUCGGAAAUGGAGAGGGAGAGGUACAGUUCUUGUGCAGUUGUGGGGAAUAGUGGGAUUUUAUUGAAUAGUGAGUAUGGGAAGGUGAUUGAUGGGCAUGAGGUUGUGAUUCGAUUGAACAAUGCAAGAACUGGAGGGUUUGAGAGGAAUGUGGGCUCAAAAACAAGUAUUUCCUUUGUGAAUAGUAAUAUAUUGCAUCUAUGUGCUAGGAGGGAGGGGUGUUUCUGUCAUCCUUACGGGCUAAACGUGGCGAUGAUUAUGUAUAUUUGUCAACCGGUGCAUUUCUUUGAUUAUCUGGCCUGCAAUGCCUCCUUCAAAUCCCCAUUGGUUGUCACUGAUCCGCGGUUUGAUGUGAUGUGUGCUAGGAUUGUGAAGUACUAUUCGUUGAAACGGUUUGUGGAGGUUUCGGGGAAGAAUGUUGAGGAAUGGGGAGCCUCUCAUGACGGGGUUAACUUUCAUUACUCCUCGGGUAUGCAGGCGGUGAUGCUGUCUUUGGGGUUGUGUGAGAAGGUUAGCAUUUUUGGAUUUGGCAAAUCCGCAUCAGCUAAACAUCAUUACCACACCAAUCAGAAGGCCGAGCUCAAGUUGCACGACUAUGAGGCAGAGUAUGAUUUCUACCGGGAUUUGGUGGAGAGACCGCAGGUAAUACCAUUCAUCCCGGGUAAUUUCAAGGUUCCUCCUGUUGCUAUAUACCAAUGAUAUUUUCCAAGUUUACAACUUUUGCCCUCAUGUGCCAUGCUUAGAUUGUUUUGUCAAGUUCCAAACUUUCUUAUGCUGUAAUAGUAGUCUCCCAUGUGUAAGGUAACGGGAGGAUAUACUGUCUAAAGACUUAAAUAUCAAAGCCCCUGAUUUGUGCAAGGUUCGGGGUGCAACUCAAGUGUAAAAUGGAAUGACAAGUGCUGAAUUGUAUGUUUUUUUAAUCUUUUGCAAGAGUUGUUCCAAGUCCUAAUAGAAUUUAUUA